CCCUCCAUCCAGCCCUGUGCCGCAGCCGCAUCGCCACCGCAGCCCAGGCAGAGCCCGGCGGCCCAGGCCCCUGCCCCUGCCCGGCCCUCGGCCCCCCGCCGCCCCGGCUGAGCCUCCGCGGCGGCCCCCCCGGCGCCCCCCCGGCGCCCCCAGACCCCCGGCCCCGGCCCCGCGGUGGGAGGCAGCGAGCGGCCGCCGAGGCAGGAGGAGAGCGAGCAGCAGCAGCAGGAGGAGGAGCCGUCGCAGGAUGAAGGAUCGGACCCAGGAGCUGCGGAGUGCAAAAGACAGCGAUGAUGAGGAGGAGGUGGUCCACGUGGACCGAGACCACUUUAUGGAUGAGUUCUUUGAACAGGUGGAGGAGAUUCGAGGCUGCAUUGAGAAGCUGUCCGAGGAUGUAGAGCAGGUGAAAAAACAACAUAGCGCCAUCCUGGCUGCCCCCAACCCAGACGAGAAGACCAAGCAGGAGCUGGAGGACCUCACCGCCGACAUCAAGAAGACGGCCAACAAGGUCCGGUCCAAAUUGAAAGCGAUCGAGCAGAGCAUUGAACAGGAAGAGGGGCUGAACCGUUCCUCUGCGGACCUGCGCAUCCGCAAGACCCAGCACUCAACACUCUCCCGGAAGUUCGUGGAGGUAAUGACCGAGUAUAAUGCGACUCAGUCCAAGUACCGAGACCGCUGCAAGGACCGGAUCCAGCGGCAGCUGGAGAUCACCGGCAGGACCACCACCAAUGAAGAGCUGGAGGACAUGCUGGAGAGCGGGAAGCUGGCCAUCUUCACGGACGACAUCAAAAUGGACUCCCAGAUGACAAAGCAGGCCCUAAAUGAGAUCGAGACCAGACACAAUGAGAUUAUCAAACUGGAAACCAGCAUCCGCGAGCUGCACGACAUGUUUGUGGACAUGGCGAUGCUCGUGGAAAGCCAGGGAGAGAUGAUUGAUCGCAUUGAGUACAACGUGGAACAUUCCGUGGACUAUGUAGAGCGAGCUGUGUCUGACACCAAGAAAGCCGUGAAAUAUCAGAGCAAGGCCCGGAGGGUGAGCAGGGUGUUCUUGUGGCUGCUGGGGGAUGGGGGCCAGCCAGGAGGCGGGGGAGGGGCUGGGCUCAGGCCAGGCCUGUGGUGGUGAUAGUUGGGAGCAGGCCUUAUCUCUGCCUCUGACCUGUUUUUCUCUGUUUUCCCUCCCUUCUUUUUUUUUUCUUACACCCUGAACCCUUAUCUCUCCCUCUCACUGUCUGUUGAUCUGUUGGUUUGUCUCUCCUUUUCUUUCUAUCACUCUGUCUCUGUCCCUCUCUCUUGCCUCUCUCUACCUGCAGAAGAAAAUCAUGAUCAUCAUUUGCUGUGUGGUGCUGGGGGUGGU